AUGAUAUUUCCAUAUUUAGAAGUUCUUUUAAAUGCAAAUUAUUCACAAUCAUCUAAUAAACAAAAUAAACAAAAGUGGCAAUUACUUGAUGAUUCUGAAAAUGAAUUGGUUGAAAAACAAGCUCAUAUGGAGCAUGCUUAUAAAAUAGGAGAAAAAAAUACUUGUAAAAUUGGCAUUCAAACUAAUAAGAUCAGUGUACAAAUUACUAAUGAGACCCGUGAAAUUGGCGUUCAAGUAUCUGAUAUUACGUCGCAUGCUCUUGAAAGUCAAGUUUAUUUACUUCGAUUACAAUUAAAUUCGAAAAUAAGUGAGAUAGAAGAUCUUAAAAAUUAA